AUGGAGUUCCUGGCUGGCGGAGACUUGUUUGCACGCCUGAACCGUGACAAAGCCUUUGCAUGGCAGAGCCGCCUGCAAGCAGUGGCAGGCUGCGUGCGUGGCAUAUCCUACUUACAUGGUUUGCGGCCCAAAGUGUUUCAUCGGGACAUUAAGAGCCAAAACAUCUUGCUCUCAGAAACCGGGGAUGGGAAGGUGGCAGACUUCGACUGCGCCAUCGUCACGGACCUCGACCCUGUCCUGGUGGAGCACCGGUCCGGGACGCCUGGUUAUGCCGAUCCUGAGUAUUUGGAGACUGGCUAUUUUUCGGCUUCGGCCGACAUGUUUUCUGUGGGCAUGGUGUUGCUUGAGGUUUUGACGAGGAAGCCACCUGCCGUGGUUCAGCAGGGCAGGUUGGUAAUGCAUUAUGAGAACGUGGACACUCCGCGGGUGUUGGGCAUGAUCGAUGCGCGCGCACUGUGGCCACCGGCUGUGGCGCAACGUGUCACGUCACUGGCACUUCAGUGCUUCGAUAGGUCCCUGCGCCCAGAGGCGCUCGUCGUCGCUCAUCUGCUGAAGGACAUCUUGGCCACACCCCAGGCAGCCCGAGGAUUUCUCGCGCUGACUCUGCCCAACGGCUCGGCCUAUGAUGGGGAAGUGCGCCACUGCGUGCCGCAUGGCCAAGGACGGCUUUCUUCGAGCACCAGCAAGGGCUUUGCCUUGUACGAAGGUCAGUUCCUGGACGGCAAGCGGCACGGCAGUGGAAAGCAGCUCCUUCCGAGCGGCAAGGUUAUCGAGGGCAUCUUUCAAGGAGGUGUACUGCAGCGCCAGUAG